AUGCUCUGGAAGCACUUCACAGCUGCCGCGGGCCUGGCAGCCACCGCCGCCCAUGCCUUUGUGGUCCCCGAGAUAACCGGUGCCGACAAGGACAUUGUGAACGCCCUCCCUGUCCACGACUCCCUUCCCUUCGAAAUCACCGACAGCUCCGUCGAGACGAGGAAGCUGAAGCUCGACUGCCCUGGGUGCCCCAUCAAGCUGGGCUUCGACACCAAGACGGACGUCAAGAACCACCUCGAUCUUGUCUUUACUAUCGACGGCAGCGGACCUGUCGACAGGCUGCUGGUGAACGACUUCGCCCUAUACCCCAAGACCAGCUCAUGGUACUCCAGCUUGCGCGCACCCCAGGUACCCGACUUCAUCAAGGAGGCCACCAAGCAUCGCUUCAAGGGCACUCCGCGCACUCCCCAGCUUGGCUACAGCCUCAGCACUAAACCUUUGGCUAAGGAGGACGCCGACCAGCAGCUUGAGCUCAUUCAGCUCGAUUUGCAGGUUAUCGAGGUUGGCAACUACUUUGUCGAUGGCAUCCCCAAUAUCAACGUCAAGCUCGUCAAGACCCCCGCAGGCAAGCUCAUGAUCGCCGCCAUCGACACCGUUGAGACGCGCCCCGCCGACCAGACACCCGAGAACGAGUGCCGCACCUUCGCUUGCAAGUUCUUCAAGAGCCUCAAGAACAUGCGCCCUGGAUGCGGUAGGAAGCAUGGCAUGGGUCAUGCUGGCCACCACACCGGCCACCACGGGCACCACGGCCAUGAGCACAUGCGCUCUCACCACACCUGGAGACAGCUCGCCAAGAUGAUCACUUGGGGCAUCAUUCUACCCAUCUUCGUCGGCCUCAUUGCAGGCGUGACCGUGAGCAUCAUCGGUAUGGCUGUUGGUACUGCCAUCGUCUGCCUCUGGCGACUGGUCGUUCGCCGCGAAUCCCCGUGGGUUCGCCAACAGUGCCGUCGUCGUGCCCAAGCCACCCCCAAGGCGUCUCGAUACGAGGCGGCGGUCGCCGAGGAGAAGAGCGGCCUCUUGGAGAGUCAGGCUGAUCACGACGUCGCUGAUCUCCCUCCAUAUGAGGAGGAACCCAAGGCAACUCAGCCUUAA